AGAUUGUCGAAUGUUUGUAUCGUACUUUGGGGCAUUAUUUAAUACCAAGCUGUCCUUUGCAAUAUCAAGUUGGUGCAAUAUAUUGUCUUUACUCAAUCUAUCACACUCAGGAUGUGACACCCAAAGUCAAGGUAAUGUAUAGAAUCAUUGCGACUAUAUGAUCUGUUUUGCGGAAAUAACUCAAUAAGCGAAUCCACAUUUGUCCUCUCGAAAAGCUGAUUCAAAGAAACAUAAAAAAACAGUAGUUUCAUACACUUACCGUAAAUUAUCUGCCUCAUACCCAGGCGUACCCAGGCAUCCAGACCUCUCGACUCUCACGCAUUCGGCGUGAGUCUCACGCAAUUCACUCUCACGCUCUCACGCCACGUUUAGUAAAUCUCACGCAUAUUGCAGUUUCAUAGUAUUUUUUUCAAUAAUAUAAUAUUGACUUAUUGUAUUCUUAAAUGCACAUUAUUAAUCAUUAUAUAUACGGAUCGCGAGUCGAAUAUAUAAUCGCGUGUUCUUGUUCCUGCAUACAAAAUAGUACGCAUAUGUAUAAAAUAUGGCGGACAAAAGGCAGAAUCAGAAUUCUAUAUGUAAAUUAUCAAAGGCAAAUUAAAGCUGAUUACUGCAUGUAUGUCACAGAAAUACAGUUAUUGUAACUAAAAUGCCUUGUCUUAAAGGACGUUAUGAAGCAAUGUAUUUCAUUAAAAAACACCAACUCUCAUAUUGUACGAAAUGCCAUUUCAGACCCCCGGACGUUUACAAAGGUGCAUGUCAUCCACAUCCCCAAUCUCACUAUUAACUUCUCUGCAAAGUUGAGAGGUCUGGGCAUCGCGCAUAUGAUGAGCUUACAUGAAGUAUUGUAAUGAUGAGAGAAGGCAAAAGGACUGAUGGGAAGAGCACACUUGGAAUUUGCACAUCGCCUGCCUGUCUAAAUACUUCAUGUAUUCCAGCGCCUGGGUACGAGGCAGGUAAAUGAUCUUACAAACACCCAGGGCGUUUAUUUAUAUUCAUUCAAUUUCAUGUUCCCAAAUCGUUUAAAUUAAGCUAAUAAUAAGCAUUUGAAUACCGGAAAACCCGAAGAAAACCCUCGAAGCACAGAAGUGAACAAACCAAACUCUACUUACCAGAUGAGUUUUCAAGUACAAGUUAGCAACCUAUAUGUAAAUCCCCUGUCCUACAGUACCAGGGGCCGGUUGUAUAAAACUCUUAAUCACUUUUUAAUCACUAUUUGGUAGUUAAAUAGUGAUUAACUCUCAAAUACGCGCUUCUUAUUGGAUGACGUUUCCACUAACUAUAGUUAACUUUAAUCACUUUUUUAUACAACCGGCCCCAGGUCGGCAUGAGACAACAUGCUACCACAUCUCUCACUUGUACUCUCCCAUUCUAAAACAUUUUUUAGAUAAGAAUGACAUUAUCAAUGUGGAAUGAUUUAAUGAAUCUGCAAGAAAAUGUUAAGGAGCAGAAGGUAUAAGAUCCUUGCAUAUAUUUAAUCAGUUAAAAACAGGGGAUCUUAUAGUUAUAACUAGGUUACACGUGCCAUUUUUUCUCGCACCGACAACGCAAUGCCAAUGGGUCAAGUUCCAUUAACUCGACAAGUAGCCUGUGUUUAUGGACUACCGUAGACUAAGCUGGACUAGUAAAAGAUAUAUCUGCAAGUUUAACUGAUGUAUCGACUAGAGGUGUGUAUCGGAUCGGAUUGGACGUUUAUAAUCCGACAAUUGCCUAAUGUUUAAAAUCCGCUCCGAAAUCGUCUAAUCCGAAUCCAAUCCGAGUUUUGAAAAAGAAUUCCAAUCCGAUCCGAUGAAUUCUUUAAUAAAAUAAAUUUCUCAUUCAAGUUGAAAUAUUUAACCAAAUAAAUAUAAAAGCAAGAAAUACAUGUCAAGAAGCUGACAAAGUGACGUCCAAUUGAAGUAUCAAACGAAUAAUGCAGCGACAACCGCGAUGAUGCUUUGAUAAAUGCAUGGAUAAUUAAUUCUUGCGAUAAUGCGUGGAUAAUUAAUUCAUUUUAUUUCGGAUAUCGAGGUCCGAUCCGAUCCGACUGCGAAACAACUUUAUCAAUCCGAUCCGAAAUGAAUAUUUUGGUUCCGAAAUCCGAACGAAUCCAAUCGGUUUCGGAUCGGAUUUGCAUACCUCUAGUAUCGACAGUAGUAUGUAAAGUUUACACACUACUGUCGUCUGUCGAUACAUCAGUUUAUUGCUAAAACGUUUAAAAUUCAUGCGGUUUUAAACGCAUAUAAUAGGAAUUUAGGAUCUUAUAUAAUUAUAUUGACAACAUAAUAUUUUUGUUUCUAUCGAUCAGAUCACACUCACAGUGAUCAGACUUUUAAACUUGUGUCUAAAACUAAGACCGCUAAAUUGAAUAAAUCAUGAAUUUAGCCUCGAUUUGGAAAACUCUGGCUUUGCACUUGGUCGGCAACGCGAUUAAAUUUGACCUGUUGCAUGCAUUGCUCGCGCGAGAAAAAAGUCGCACUCGGCGAUUCCACGUAACAGAUUUUAAAUUAUAUAUGUUCAAUAAAUAAGAAACCGUUUAUCAUGCAGGUGACAGCAGGUCUUUCACAUGUAAGGCCCGUUUCAUACGCCGUACUUCACAUGUGCCGAAUACAUUGAAGACAAUAGAUAAUGAGCUGAAAUGCCUCAUUAUCUAUUGUUUGUAAUGUAUUCGGCACAUGUGAAGUACGGCGUAUGAAACGGGCCUAAAGCACUCAGCUACAGUAUACCGACUCGUUUUUCUGAUAAACAUUGUUGCCUAGCUAUUUAAAUUUCAUCUGUUUCGUGCAGGGCCCCUUUAUUAAACUGUAUAUAGCUGAAUGGGCUACUUUGCCUAAGUACGAAAGUGAAAUACUGCUUCAAAAAUAAAACCCAACUCAACUUCACGACUCGUAUAUUUAUUUUCUUGUGUAGCAUUACGAUGUUUACUACGUGAUAUCUUCAUUAAGAGCAGACAAAGCCUUUCUAUUUGUGGCAACGCCAAUUCAGGUACUUCUAGUUCUCUAUCACUUCACACCAAUUUGUAAUUUGCAUGGUGUUUUCCUCGAUAAUGUUUUGAUCUGAAACUGAUCCCAAGAAAAUUUCAAUUAAGAUCUGAAAAUAACUCAAGAAAUUCCAACUGCGAACUGAGACCUAUAGGCUUUGGUUAAAAUGCCAAGGUUGCCAACACCUAUAUUAUCAACGUGCUUGGUUACUUUCCAAUGGUUAAUUUCCAAGGACUUGUAUUAUAAUAUUUGAUGAAUGUCAGGGAUGCAUACAGAUUGGCACAAACCAAAACAAAUUAAUUUCCAAGAAUUAUAGCAGUUUUUUGUGUCCAAAUUUUUUGCAGCUGAGAAAUUUUAUAAGCAGGUUUUUCAACCGUGCCCUGAUACCCUAUAUAGACAAAGAUGGAUAUUAUAUAUAGGCAGGAUUUAUGUAUUUUUGUGGAAGUGGCUUUAUCGAUUGUGGUGUUCUGGUUUUCUUUAUUAGCUUGCGUGUGGGUCACGUGACACGAUAUCCCAGUAUGAAAGAGAGGUUACGAAAGAAUCCAAAUCAAGUAAUACUGUAAAAAAUGCACAGGAAAUUAUACAAGUAUGUCUAUGUAGUUGCUUGUGCAUGUUGAUAUAUAGCAUACAGUGUACACCGAUAAAUAUCUUAAACGUGUGGGUCCAGUCUAUCAUGGUUUUGGUUGGAACUAUACCUGAAAACGAUUGAAAGCACUUCGAUCAGAAGUUACAUAGUAGCUCUGCGAUUGAUCAGGGGUCUGCUGUACGAAGGCCGGAUAGCGCUUCAUAUCUUUUGGAUAGUGAUUGUUUCAACUGUUGUAAAAUUGCUUGAAAAGUUAUAAAACUACGGAUAUGGACCUCACUAUUAAUAAAACGAAGCUUUAACUUAUAAAUACUAAAGAUUAAUCCGGGUUAUACCAAUCAAAGAACAAGUUUAGAAAGGUUGACCGGCCUCCGUACAACCAGCUGAUCUCUAUAAUUCAUCCGAUCCCGUGUGAGCCUGGGACUGUGUGCUUUAAACCAUAUACAGUAUGCAUGCAUGUUUAUACUAUAUUUUUGUUGUGUUAGAAAGUGAAUGAAAUUGAUGAUUUGUAUAACUCGGCAAAGAUGAAAAUGUGCUCACCUGAUGAAGGUGAACCAUUGAUAGAUCCUGUCACAUUGAGGGUCGCCUCCAAUGUUCUGGUCUCAAAUUUAGAACGGUAUGUUACCGCAUGCCUUGUUAACCAUUUUGUGAUCACAAUCAUUGUUACAAUUAAGCAAGCAGUCAACCAACGUGUCGUAAUACAGAUAUAAGAGAUAAAAUAUGUAGUAUAUUCUUUACAUCAAACUAUAUUAAUUAGGAAUCAGCUCUGGGAAAACUUGGAAACAUUCUUGCGAAAACAUUGUUUUCCAAUGUCCCGAGGUUACGUUAGUAUGGGCAGUUUAGGGGUUUUUGUAUGGCAUCUCGAUCACAAAAUUAUUCUGAAAAGUAAAUUUUCAAGCACAGCAGGGCUGUUUUUUUAAAAUAAAUGCGUACAAAAAGCAAUUGAAAAGGUUUAGGUUUGAAAAGCAAUUGAAUUCAUGGGGUGCAAAUUUAGAAGGUGUUUUAUGAACUAUCAAAGUACCAGACAAUUUGAUGUACAUUAAAUCCAACGCGCGACCUCUAAAACUUGGACUUGUUUGCCAUAGUAGCUUUUCACACAUAACUUUAAACUAUUAUGGCAAAAAGGGUUUUAUGUCGCGCCUGGGACUUAGUGCACAUCAAAUUACCUGGUACUUUGAUAGUUCAUAAAACACCUUCCAAAUUUGCGCCCCAUGAAUUUAAAUUGCACAUUAAACCUUCCAUUUUUUGUGCACAAGUCAUCUUGAAAUUGGUUUUGGAAAACAGCCUUGCUGCACUUGAAAAUUUACUUUUCAGAAUAAUUUGGUGAUAGAGAUACCAGAAAACGCCAAACUAUACCAAUACAAACAUAAAGUUGCCACAAAUGGUGCGGAAUAGGCAAUUCCAGCUUUUAGUUUAUGCGUGCAAGGGAUGAUGGGAAGUAAGGUAUCACAUUGCUGAUUAUGCUGAAAAAAUAAAAAUGCAUGGUGGCCGUGUAAACACGGAGUGAUAGCUUAUACUUGUAAAUAUUGAAAUAUUCAGGUUGUUUCGGCGUUUUAUUGAAAUUUUUCAGCAUAAUCAGCAAUAUGAUACCUUACUUCCCAUCAUCCCCUGCACGCAUAAACUAAAAGCUGGAAUUGCCUAUUUUCAUGUUUAGUUUAGAACAGUGUAUUUUUUUACACAGUAAGACCCUGCGUAUGAGAACCUAGAUUUUAAGAACCUGUUUAAGAACCUGUAAAAUUGCUUAUUUAGACCCCCUUUAAAUAAGAACCUGUUUAGGCUAAAAAUUAUAAAUCAAAGUAAAUAAACUCUUCAUAAAGUAAUGAAAAUGACCCAGAAGUCAGAGUCCUGGAUAUGUCAUAACAAUAAACAGCAUGUCUGUUUGAACACAUCAACAAAAAAAUAACUGUACCUACACCAACCGAAAUUGAGUCGCUUUUUCUUUAGAAAAUAAGAACCUAUAUUUAAGAACCUGUUUAGCCUAAUUUCACGAUAAGCAUGUACCAUUUAUAUAAGAACUUGUUUAGGCUAACUUGAAAAAUCUAGGUUCUUAUAACGCGGGGUCUUACUGUACAUCCUGUAGUUCGCCCAUGGAAGGCUUGAUGCAGCAGCUAAUGCAGCUUCCGUACAUUUCAAUGCGAUCAAAUAAUCAAUUGUAAAAAAAAAAGCAAAGAAAACAGCGUAUAUUCGUACUGAUACCUUGAUUUUACCUAGAUCAUGAGAUAUCUAUGACCUAAAUACACUGUAAAUCUACUGCAGAUUUACACCAAGUUGCAAGGUGCUGUAAAGCAGCUUUACAUCAAAGCAGUGUAAAAAAACACCUUUAAAAGUGUUAGGGACCGGUCAUUAAAUAUGGCAAGGGGGGGGGGAUGGAGGAGAAAGUAGGGGGUCCUGAAUUAUUCUUUCAUUGAGAUGGGGGGGGGGGUCUUGAAAAUUACAUUAUGUGUAAGGGGGAGGUCUUCGGAUUUUUCCCAACAAAAGGAUUGUUUCUCGUUAUAUACUAUGAACAGCCAAAAGAGAUGCAUAAAAUGCCCUUUAAACUGGAACACUGGGUAUUAACAUAACGAGUAAAGAAUAAAAAACAUAAUAUAAAAUAGAAUUAUUCAAAUGUUUAUCAAUCAUUAGUAUUAUACCUCAUUAAUUAACUUGAUAUUAUACUUGAUAUUGGGUACGUAUAUAGUGUUCAGUGGAUGUAGGCGAGACAAGCAUAGGCCAUAGAGUAAACUACCUAAAUAGAUUGUAAAAUAUUUAUUUAACUAGUUUCAUCAAAUUUUAUACCUCUUUUAAUACUCUUCAUUGAUCACUUGCUCUCCUAAGCUUUGUCCUAAUCGGGCCAGCCAUCAAUACAAAACUAUAUUUUCAAGCGGUACAAGAGGGGGGGUCUUUAAAAAGUAUAAAAUGCAUAAGGGGAGGCCUUGAAAAGGCAUAUAAUUUUUGAGGGGUGUCCCAAAUUUUUUUUAAAAAUUUCAAAGUUUCUCCUCCAUCCCCUUGCCAUAUUUAAUGACCGGUCUCUUACGCUCAUGGUGUAAAUUAACGAAGAAUCUCACAACGAAGCAUGAAAACAAAGUCUUGAGAAAAAGUUAGUUUUAGGAUAUCUUCCGUUCAAGGCAAGUAUAUUUUUAAAAACAUUUUCGCAACAUAUCGGCACUUGGCAAAAAAUUGAGUAAAUUUGCUCACAAAUUGAGUCGUUGUGGGCGCAUUAUUUUACUCAAGUUUUUGAGUCAAAAUACUCAGGGAUUUUUUGCAAUACAUUAUACUAAUACUGUCAUAAUUUUUUUUCUUGAAGAGAUGUUAAAAAUUUUGAAACAUGGAAGAAAACCAGUAAGGUAUAAUAUAUAGUGGCAUCACCGCUUUUAGAUCAUAAUAAUUAUUAAAUGCAGACAGCUUUAGUGAUAUGAUAAUUUACAAUAUAGCAUUUGUAAAUUUUGAACGCUGAUUGGCUGAGAGCCGUGUUGAUAUAACUCAAUGUCAACAUGGAAAAUUUCUUUCUUUAUAUUUCUUCGUGCUAUAUUAUAAAAAAAUAUAAAACAUUUUUUCCGUAUUGAUAUACAGUUAUAUCAACACUCUCGUGGAAAUUGGAAAAACUCGAAAUUGUGUGAAAACCCAAUUCCACACAAUUUCUCGUUUUCCCAAUUUCCACUCGUGUUGAUAUAACUGUAUAUCAACACGGAAAAUGUUUUAUAGUUAAAUAGUGUCAUCCCCGCUUUAGAUCAUAUAAUAUAAAAUUAUUAAACGCAGACAACUUUAGUGAUAUGUAGUCAUAUAAUUUAUUAAAUAUUUCUGUCCAACAGGAUAGUUUACAAGUGAAGCACAUGCAACGUAUUCCUCAGCUUGGCUUGCCUGAAGAUCGUAAAAAGGAUUCCGAAAAGCAAACUGAGCAAGUUAACGAGGUUAGUGACGUUUGGAAUUGACAGUCUAUGACUCUUAAAACGACGAAGAACAGAAAAAAACAGCUAUUUUAAGUAUGACGCCGCUUCCUCGGGUAUAUAGUUGGAGUAAUAAAUGCUUUUGCUUAUAUAGCUAACAUUCAAUAUACAGUAACAAGCAUGUAUAUGUUCCAGCACUAUGCCAUUUUACCAUUGGCGGCAUUGCCAUUUUACACGCUUUUUCCCGAUACAGCAAUACAAAAUCAUAUUUGUAUUUCUCAUUUGAAUUUUUUUUUCAGUCCUUAACUAGAGCUCAAGUAGUGAAAGAAAUAAAAGACCGUUCGUUUAAGACAGUAACGCAGGUACGUUUAUACCUUCAGAGUUUCUAAAGACUCCUUUACACUUCCAAUUUUUGCUGCGAUUUCUAUUGCGAUUUUCUUCUGAUGGAUGUGAACGAGUGGAUGAGCCAUUAACGUUCUAAGUAUGUGUACCCUCAUCAAAGAUUAGAUACUAUAAAGAUGUGUCACUCUGCGAAAAUUAUGUCCGAGAUUUUUUUAUAGCCGCCAUUUUGCCAGUAAGUGUCAAAUUCAACGCCAUCAGUCUCUUAAAUAGUAACAUCCAACGCCAUCAGUCUCGCCGCCAUUUUGGCAGUAAGUGAAAAUUACGGACACGCAAACAUUAAGGAAAUACGUCGAGUGACACAUCUUUAUAGUAGAGACCUUAAGAUUGACGUUUACGGCAAACGUCAAACCGCUAGCGAAGUUUUUGAUUUUACAACUCUAUUAUUAUAGCUUUUACACCAGUUUUGAAAUAUGUUAAACUUAUUAAACUUGUGCUCUUUAGCAAUGAUUUAAGAAAGCAAAUUAACCACUAGUCAUGCCAUUCACCAAAGCAGUAAAUUACGAUUUGGCGUUUGAAGUUGGCGUUUGGCGUAUAAAUUUCAUGCUUGAACGACUACAAGCCCUCAUAGCAGUUCAAGUAUGAACUUUAUACGCCAAACGUCAACUUCAAACGGCAGAUCUUAUUUUACUGCUUUGGUGAAUACACGACUAGUGGUUAAUUUGCUUUCUUAAAUCAUUCCUAAAGAGCACAAGUUUAAUAAGUUCAACAUAUUUCAAAACUGGUGUAAAAGCUAUUAUAAUUGAGUUGUAAAAUAAAAAACUUCGCUAGCGGUUUGACGUUUGCCGUAAACGUCAAUCUUAAGGUGUCUAAUAUCUAAUCUUUACCCUCAUCUGAACAUUCAUAGCUCAUCCUUUCGUUCACAUUCAUUAAAAGAGGAAAAUGGCACUAAAAAUCGCAGCAAAAAUUGCAAGUGUAAACCGGCCUGAAAACAACCAUGUUUUGUGAUUGGAUUUCUUCUCAGUAUUUGAGAUUCCUUAGAAGAUGUUUGAUUAUUAUUGAGAAGUUAUUUUCAUGCCCAAUUAUCAACCAUUACUAUCCUUACUCAGACCUGCAUUUCCCUACAAAAUAGCGACAAUAUAGCUUUGUUAUUAUUCUAAUAACCUACAGUAUAUUCUCUGCUAAGCCCCCUCUCGUGAAAAAAAAUCUUUAUGCCCUGCCGACACCUCCCCCCAAUGGCAACGGAAGAUUGGUUUGGUUGAGGGAGGGCUAGACAAAUCUUGAGGGCCCCAGGGGCAUGCUGCCCUGGAAAAUUUUGAAAUCUAGAGUUUUUGAAAUGAUGUUUCCUGCAUCCACCAUCCUUGGGAAGAUUUGACGUGCAGAAUCCAGGUCAUUUUAUUCAUUUUCCACUUUGGGUUAAAAAAUAAUCUGACACUUUCAUAUUAGGUUCUCGCACUCACUUCUACUUUUGGGAGGCUAUAGCCUGCCUAUGUCUCCAUCUCCUUCAAAACAAAGAAACCCUAGUGCCACACUGGAAUGACUAUAUAAAUCUUUUAGUUGUUUUGGAAGUUCAUGUCAGUUUCCUAUGUUCCAUUUGCACAUGUCAGUUUUGUCUUUCCCUGCUGCCACAGUAAGUAAAUUAUCAAGGUAGCACAAUCAGGCAUUACAAGAACACACAACUAUAUAUAGUUAAACUGUUGGUAUCACGAUCAGGAGGCAUCGACUGUACCGCAUCUGUAAAGCUAAAUCAAUAAUACUCCUCAUUUUUCCCACCCUCUCCAAAAAGCAGUCUCUCAAACGUGCCUGACAUGCAGAGGAUUUACGGUAUAUAUGUGCACGCUUUUUAGGUUUCGAAAGGCAAACGGCGUCAUCAACCUAUCCCUGAAAGUCCCAAGUCAUCGGAUUCGGAAAGAAAGUUAAGAAAAAGAGCACCAAAGAAAAAGAAGUGAGGGCAAUUCGUAUAUAUAUAGUUGUAUAUUAACGACAUAUAAUAUUUUAUAUAAAUUAUUUAUUCAUGCAUGUAGUACCUUAGUUUUUCGUAAUAAAAUCUGCUAAAUAUAUCAUGAGACCUGUGGUUCUGUUCUGGGUUAGAAAGAAUUACUGUCGUUCCAAUUGAAGUGUUGCUGAAAUAUUGAUUCAAUACAUUACCUCGGGCUGACCAAUUCAUUUCAUCAAGUUCCUCGAGAUAUUCAUACACUUCCUAGUAUAAUUGUAAACUUCCUGUUGAAUAGUUUGAAUGCACCAAUCACCUUUGGUUGUUUGUGCAACUAACCAAUCAUAAAUAGAAAGGAAGUGACCAGAAAUGAUCAAAUACUUGGAAUUGGCUCUUUCACAGGAAGUGUAUGAAUAUGUCGAGGAACUUGAUCAAAUGAAUUGGUCAGCCCGAGGUAAUGUAUUGAAUCAAUAUUUCAGCAACACUUCAAUUGGAACGACAGUAAAUAAAAUAUUGGUUUUCUUCAUACAAUUUAAAUGUUAUCUGUUUCAUGCAUUCAGAAAAGCCAAUAAUCGUUUAGAAAACCCAUAUUUUAUCUUAAAUUCAAAUGGAUUUAAAAAGUCAAACCGACACUAAUACAGACAUAACAUUUUUUCUUUCAUAGCUUGUCAAUUUUCUGCUUGUAUAUGUUUACAUUCGCUUCUUAUAAAAUGUUUUAUUAUAACGUUGACUAAGCUCUUUUUCAAAUUCCAUUAAUUCGCGGUUAUAGAGCUGUUUCAUUUUCUCUCGUCGUAUCUGAAAUGGACAAUGAUAAAAUG